GGGGCUUGUUUUGAGGGUUACCUCUCCACCAGCGUUUCCUCAAUUUCCAUGAAUACUGAGGCCACCUUCACACAGUGGUGCAUUGGAGGCCACCUGCACAAUGGUGCCUUUCAUCUGGAUACGUCACCUUCAUUUCUCUGACACACGGUAUCUCCUUCUCACUGUGCUGCUGUCUACGCACUACAUACUGUAUGGCCCUUAGUUUGACUGACACCAUUUCACAACUGUGAGUCGGCUGUAGCUGACAUGGCUGUCCAAACUUGCUCCCCAAAAUAAAUGUUUAUGGGAUUACGUAUCUUGAAGAUGGUUGGUCAUCUGGUCAAUAAGAAAAGGAAUGUCCUUCGAUUUACAUUUCUCAUCCUCUUUCGACUCCUGGAUGAAGUUCCACAGCUGGAAUCCCUGACCACGCCAAGCAGUCCACUUAACUCUUCAGAGAUUUGCUCAACCUACACAAAUCUCUCUGAGCCAUGGCGGGACUUUAACUUUAACUAUUUGCGCCCAAAGACGGACACUGACCUCACAGAGGGCUGGUAUCGCUUCACUGGGAUUGGAGGGGAUGUCCUGUCUCAUUACUGUCAUGACAAUACAUCCCUUAGUCUUUGUAAAUAUGACUAUUCAAGAAUUCUGAAAGGUCAAGUCUACCCCGUCGAAUUGUGCUCAAGUUGCACACCAACAGGAGAAACUGUGGAUGUGCUGUUCUGCCCGGGAGGAUUCUAUCUGCACAAACUCUUCCCCACUGACAAAUCCUUGAUAACUGUUCAUAAGACAUGUGGAUUGUCAUCCUGUGGAAUUAAUGCUUACUGCCACCAUGAUCAUUGUCUCUGUCUCCCUGGAUACUCAGUACCACCUGGCCAUGUCCCAACUGGGGACUCAUUUGGAUGUGAAGGAACUUGCCCAUUAUAUACAAAUCUGUCUGAUCCGUGGCGUAAUAUUGGCUACAAAUCAACAACCUUUCCUGGAUGGCCAAAGAAUGACACCCACUUAGUAAAAUAUAAUUGGUAUCGCUUUGUUGGUAUUGGAGGAGAUGUUCUGUAUGACAACUGUACCAACACUGUUAUUGGUGGAGGCACGUCACAUCCCAUUGUAUCUUGUGGUCAAGACAGUACAGUCAAUUGGGGGAUCCAAUUCAAUGAUAUAACACUCUGUUACCAGUCCUCAGGAACGUGCUCAACAAAUAUACAAAUCAACAGAUUCCAUUGUUCUGGAGGAUUCUACUUGUAUCAACAUGGCACAUAUGACACAUCAUUCAGUUAUGUCACUCGACACCAGACGUGUGGACCGUCCUCCUGUGGUUCUAAUGCCAUGUGUGUUGGUGACGGACGCUGUGAGUGCAAACGUGGAUAUGAGAUACCUGACGGCUACCUACCGACUGGAGACUCCUAUCAGUGUGAAGCAGUGUCCAACAAUACAGUGACUCCUUCCAUGUCAACGCAGCUUCUGACCACCCCAAGCACACCAGCAACAGUAAUAUCCCAAAAUACAGAGGCUCCUUCCAUGUCAACGCAGCUUCCUGAUUCUCUGACCACCCCAAGCAGACCAGCUACGUCAACAGCAGUGCCCACAAAUACAGUGACUCCUUCCACGUCAACGCAGCUUCUGACCACCCCAAGCACACCAGCAACAGGUUGUGCCUCUUCGGCUCAGGUUUGUCCUGACUCAUCCAAAUGUGUCCACACUGAAGAGAGAUUUUACUGUGAAUGUCAAAAUGGUACCAUACCCAGUAUCACUGCAGGCACAUUGGUUUGCAAAGAUCUUCACAGCAAUGAGGGAAUGUCACCUGAGGCUCAGUUUAACAAUCUGAACAGUAAUAUCAUGAAUUUGACGGAUGAUGUUGUUUUAGAGUCUUACGUUGUGUCGUCCUUACUGAGGAGUUUAGAAUAUGCUCUUCCUGAGGUGCCACAGGAUACCAGUGGAGAGAAGCUUGUGGCCUUGGGUGAUGCCAUGCUGCAGACCACCGAAAAGCUGGUGGGGGCCCUGGUGGAGCCCACGACCACAAAUGCCAGCAAAACACUGAUGACCAAAACCAUAGAAGUGCAAACUUUCACCAUCGGAAAGUACUAUAAGAGCAAUGUGAGCGCCAAUAUUAAAAAUAUAAAUAACUCAUUGGACGUAGACCUCACUGGUAUUGCAAGGAACAACAAUGGAUCAGCCACUGUGGCCUUCACAAACUUCAUGAAAUUGGGUUCAGUUCUGACAGCAGACCUCUUCCACACUAUCAAUGAUACAAUGAAGACCAUGAUGUCUGCAGUUCUGAGUGCCUCCCUACCAAAAACCCAAAACAAAGUCCUGCCAAAUCCAGCCAACAUCACAAUGAAACACAUCCAGAGUCUGGACCCUCAGGGUGUGCUCUCCUGUGUGUACUGGAAUGCCAGCGCCUGGGUGGUAGACGGCUGUGAUGUCACCCAAACCAACGCCACCCACACCGUCUGCACCUGUGUGCAUUUCUCCACCUUCGCCCUGAUCAUGCAGGUGCAGGCGGAGCGACCUCCAGAGACAAAACAGAUGAUAGAGUUGCUGAAUAGGGUCGGCGUUUCUAUUGGAUUGGGGUUCCUGGCUCUGGCUGUGAUGACCUUUGCCCUCUGUCGAUGGAAACCCCAAGUGAACAUCACAGCUCAUCUGAACCUCUGCAUCAGUCUGUUUCUUGCUCACCUCCUCUUCCUGCUCGUCCAGGAGUUCAUCCACCUCAUCCGUCCUCACAAGGUCGUGUGCACGGUGCUCUCAGGAGUCCUUCACUACCUCUUCCUGAGCAGUUUCACGUGGAUGCUCCUGGAGACCAUCUGGCUUUUCCACGCUGUCCUCAGGCUCAAAGACAUCAGAUCUCCACGGGGGAUGGGACCUCACUGGGGAUACCAGUGCCUGAUUGGUUAUGGAGGUCCCUUGGUUGUUGUUGCUAUUUCAGCUGGUAAAAUGCCUGAUGGGUAUGGGAGUGACAGGUGCUGGCUGAAUUAUGACAGAGGAUUCAUCUGGAGUUUUCUUGGUCCUGUGUGCUGCAUCCUUGGAACAAACGUUGUCCUCUUCUUCAUCAUCAUCAUCCUCCUUCACACUGCCGUGUCACGGAUGCAGCACAGCCCAGCACACCGUAAAUUAAUCAGGAUGUUGGUGUUUAAAACCCUGGUCCAGUCUGUUAUCAUUGGCUUGCCUUGGAUACUGGGAUUCUUCACUCGAAGCAGCCAGGCACUGGAUGUGCUCUUCAUUGCGCUCAACAGCCAACAGGGAACCUUCAUCUUCCUGCUACACUGUAUUCUUAAUGAGGAGGUGCGACAGCAGUUCUGGAGUUGCUGCAGGAGAAUAAGAAAAAAUGAGAGUGGCACAGUGGCACCUCCUACAAUGGAACUUAAUCAUUUGAAUUAAGUUUAAUGAUAAAUGAUGAUUUUGUGUUGUGAAUGAUAAAUCAUGAUUGUAAUUUAUUAAAAAUCAAAAACAUUUUCAGCAGCAGCAC